AUGGAUUUUGUUCUUGAUAUUGCGGACAAGUUUGUCUUUGAUUAUGUGUAUGCAUUCAUAUAUUUGAAGGGAUUGGGCAGCUUAAACGUAUGGGAAAGGACUCAUAUUGUACGGCAAUUCCUGAGUUUGUUCCUCAUUACCUGGGCUUUCGGCUUCAUGCUUUAUUUUAUUUGCGCCAGCUUAAGUUACAUUCUGGUCUUUGAUCGAGGUCUUCAGGAGCAUCCACGGUUUCAAAAGGGCCAGAUCAAAAUGGAGAUCCGGCAGGCAUCUUCAGCAAUGCCAGUCAUGGCGCUGCUGACUGCACCUUUCUUUCUUGCAGAGGUCCGCGGGUACUCAAAGCUUUACCAUGCCCUUUCUGAAGCACCUUUCACCGGCUAUACCCUUCUUUCCGUGCCACUUUUUAUUUUAUUCACAGACUUAUUUAUCUAUUUGAUCCACCGGUCUCUUCAUCAUCCUUUGCUUUACAAAAGGCUGCAUAAACCUCACCACAAGUGGGUUGUUCCGACCCCCUUUGCAUCCCACGCCUUCCACCCGUUGGAUGGAUGGUCCCAGAGCCUCCCUUAUCACAUUUUUCCAUUGUUAUUCCCCCUUCAUAAGUUCAUAUACCUUGGAUUGUUUGGGUUUGUCAAUUUCUGGACCGUUGGAAUCCAUGAUGGGUAUUUCCUUUCGCAUGAUCCAGUGAUAAAUGGUUCUGCAUGCCAUACAAUGCACCAUCUAUACUUCAACUACAAUUAUGGUCAAUUCACAACUAUUUGGGACCGUAUCGGAGGAAGCUAUCGGAAGCCAAACAUCGAACUAGGGAGCAAAGAGACUGAUACACGACAAAAAGAAUGGGUUCAUCAGAGCACGGAAAUUCGGAAUAUCGAGAAAAAGCUGGCAUAGUG